AUGGCGAUUCAAGAAGGUGCCCUGAAUGCGCGCCGCGAUGAGUUCCCAGCUGCGUUGAAGGGAAAGCGCAUCCUCCUGGCCACUGAAUCCCUCGGCCCAGUCAAUGGCGUUAGCAGGACGACGGGUAUGCUGAUCGAAUACCUCAGAGCCAACGGCGUCGAUUUGGCAGUUGUUGCUCCGCGCUACGAAGUCAAAGAUCAACCGCAGUCAAAGUCAGCAACACCAUCGCAUGCUCGUUCAGGAUCAGAAGUGCGACUGCACGGCUAUCCGUUACCGUACAAUCCCGACUUGACUGUCGUGUACCCAUUUCGUUUCGACCGUGUCUGCAGCCGUACUUUUCAGCCGGAUAUCGUUUACCUCGCAAGCCCGGCGUCAGUGGGGUACCAGUUCCUCUGGCAAAUCCGACAAUUGCAAAAACCACCAGUGGUGCUGCUCAAUUACCAGACCGAUCUAGCGGCUUAUUCUUCUAUACUCCUCCCGGGUGCUAUGGGCCGCUUCGGAACCUGGUUGGUGAACCGAGUACAGGGCUUCCUAUUCAACCACCCCUCCGUUGAGACCAUCUUUUAUCCCUGCUCGGAUGUUCGAUCAUAUCUGGAAGAGGCUGGCGCGCCAUCUAAUCGUCUGGUCCAGCUCGGCCGAGGAGUCGAUACAGUCACAUUCAACCCCAGGCAUCGUGACGAAGCCUAUCGUCGAAAGCUCGCUCCGAACGGCGAAAUUAUACUAGCGUAUACGUGCCGUCUAGCACCCGAGAAGGGGUUCGAAUUCUUGGCCGAUGCUGCCAUCCGACUUGAGAAGGAGGGUCUUGCAUAUAAGCUUCUGAUCGUGGGCGGAAACAGGAAUCCAGCCGUCGAAGCAGAUGUACGAAAGCUUUUCGAACCUGUCCGAGACCGUGUCAUCUUCACCGGUUUCCUCGGCGGUGAGAACCUAGCACGAGCCUAUGCCGCAGCUGAUCUCUUUCUACACUGCUCAAUUACUGAGACAUUCGGACUAGUCGUUUUGGAAUCGAUGGCCAGCGGCGUUCCCGUCAUAGCGCGCAAUCAAGGCGGUCCGUCGGACAUUGUCAAGCAUGGAGAGACAGGAUAUCUAGUUGCGCCAGACGAUCUAGAUGAGUUUGUUCGAUCGACUCUAAAAGUUUGUCAAGAUUCGGACCUCCGCCAGAAUCUAGCUGUCAAUGCUCGAGCGUUCGCUGACGAAACCACUUGGGAGAAAAUCAAUCGCCGGGUAGCCUGGCACAUUUUGGAUGGAUUGGAAAACCAUUCUCGACGAAUCGAACAGAAGCGAGCGCAACGUCCUAUUCGAAACUGGAUUUCUACACAAUAUUCCGAAUUUGAAACUCAUUUCUGGUGGCCCCUGAUUGAGCAGCUCCGCGUCAACGCCGCUAUUGCUUUUGUGUUUUUUAUGUGGAUGAUCGCCGUGAUACCGUUGAUUCUGCAUGGAAGUCGCAUGUUUCAUUUUGUGCAAACUAUACCCCUUAUGUUCCAGCAGGCGCAGAGUAAUCGUUUAUUGCGGUGA